AUGAAUGCGAUAACAAGCGUACUGGCUCUGUUUCUGGCCGCCGUGGCCGUGGGCCAAGUUCAACCCUCAGGUGUGACAAGACCAAUCGUCCAGGAUUGUGGCUUUAACGGAACCGUCGUCUGUGUGAAUCAAUAUGCUGCGGUGUUGCCUUACCACUUUAAUCGGUCGAUUUCCAACAACAACGCCGAUUAUGACUUCAGAAACACAAGCGUGGGCAAUGCCUCGACGUUUGACCUCCUGGGCGGCGCAGAUUUCGUUGUCUUUGACCAACAGCGCGGCAUGGAAUACCUGGGAUCCAAUCCGAGCUACGAGUUCAUGUUCGCCGUCUCCAAAGCCGUGCACGAAGCCCCGGUCUACGCCCCCGAGCAGAAUCUGUUGUUCAUCUCCCAGCUGGCGCCUCCGCCCGGCUUUCUGCCUCAACUCGUGGUCAACUUGAACGAUGAUCCUCCGACGUUGAGCGAGUACCUACCCACUCCACCGGUCUAUGCUCCCAAUGGUGGCACCUUCCGCGAUGGCCUCGUUGUUUUCGCUGCGAGCGGAGGCAAUGAUAGCAUUGGGGGAGGAGAGCAGAGAGCUUCACUUCGAACCGUGGAUCCCGCCACCAAUGUUUCAACGGUGCUCCUGAACAACUAUUUCGGGUUCUACUUCAACACCAUCGACGAUGUGACCGUUCACCCAGUCACGAAGGAUCUCUUCUUCACCGACCCCCAAUACAGUUGGUUCAACGCCCUGACGGACACCGCCCCACAGCUGCCAUGCGCCAGUUAUCGGUUCGAUCCUAGCACCGGUGCCACCUUCGUCGUCGACGACACUCUGGAGCAGCCCAACGGCAUCGCGUUCUCUCCAGACGGCACAACCUUGUACAUUUCCGACACCGGCGCCGUGACGGGAACGAUCGACCCUCGCCUCGGCAGCCAGGGUACGACCUUCAACACCACCGGGAAACGGACAAUCUACGCUUACGACGUGUCGAACAACGGCACCAGAAUCGCCAACAAGCGCGCCUUCUACCUGGCACAGGAUUGGGUGCCGGAUGGACUGAAGGUGUCUCAAGAAGGCCUGGUGCUCACGGGAUCGGGUCACGGUGUCGAUGUCCUGGACGACGCCGGCCAGCUCCUCAUCCGGAUCCAGACGAACUACACGGUCCAGAAUUUUGCGUGGACGGGCGAGAACCUCACCACGUUGUGGCUCAUGGGAAACAGUGGCAUCAGCAAGGUCGAGUGGAACAUCACUGGCCAGAGACUGACCUAG